CCAGCUUGCGGUCACACUGAUGCAGAGUUAAUCACAAAGUUUUUUUCGUCUAGCGUACAAAAAAGAUUUUAACGUAAUUUGUUUUGUAGAAUAGUGAAAGAGCUGAAGGGCACAUAGCUGUCGUCGUUUUUUUUAUCAGGCAACAGCAGCGACUCAUUCGUUUCCUAGGGCGAUGGAUGCCAAUUCACGUUUUCCAGCGCGUUUGCCAGGGCCCGCCAUUAGCUCAAUUGUGGAGAACUCGGAAUCGGAUCCUCUGCCAAGUCUAUCCGAUUUGCAUGACUGCGAACCAAAGCUGGAGUUUGAUGAUACAGAGCUGUUGACCUCAGCGCCACUUGAGAAAGAUGUUAUGGUUGGUGAUUUUGUGCUAGCCGAUGAUUCCGAUCUUGAGAACGAAGAACCCAACAAUCCAUUAGAGGACGAUUUCGAGGAAUUGCGCGAACAGUCGGAGAACACUCCAUCGGUACUCAAGCAAAAUAAAUGUGAUUUCCUGGGCACUGACAAGCAAGGACGUCACAUUUUCGGCAUUUACGCAUCGCGUUUUCCAGAAAAAUCCCAGCUGGAAGGCUUUGUGCGAGAAAUCAUCAAAGAGAUUGAACCCUUUGUGGAGAACGAUUAUAUACUCGUCUAUUUCCAUCAGGGACUAAAAGAAGAUAACAAGCCAUCGGCGCAAUUCUUGUGGAAUUCCUAUAAAGAGCUGGAUCGUAAUUUUCGCAAGAAUCUUAAGAACCUGUAUGUGGUGCAUCCGACGUGGUUUAUACGCGUCAUCUGGAACUUCUUUAGCCCCUUUAUCAGCGAAAAGUUUCGCAAAAAGCUAGUGUACAUCGCCAGCCUCGAUGAGCUGCGUCAGACGCUGGGCCUAGACAAGCUCAAGCUGCCCGACACCAUUUGCGAUUUCGACGAUAAACUGAAUCCAAGUCGCAAUCGUGCGAAUCCAGCAGCCGCAUCAGCAUCAGCAACCCCCAAUGGGCGGACAACGAUGCAGUUUGGUGUGCCCUUGAAAUUUAUCGUAAUGCACAGUCCAUGCCUCAACUCGAUACCGCCAAUUGUGCGCAAGUGCGUGGACUCGCUCUCGAUCACCGGUGUCAUCGAUACGGAAGGCAUCUUUCGACGCUCCGGCAAUCACUCUGAGAUUAUGGCGCUUAAGGAGCGUGUCAAUCGUGGCGAGGACGUGGAUCUCAGCGAUGUGAAUGUGCAUGUUAUUGCGGGUCUGCUCAAAAGUUUCCUACGUGAUCUGGCCGAACCGUUGUUAACAUUUGACCUGUACGAUGAUGUCACUAAGUUUCUGGACUGGCCCAAGGAGGAGCGUUCGCGCAAUGUCACCCAGCUGAUACGCGAAAAACUGCCCGAGGAGAACUAUGAACUGUUCAAGUAUAUUGUGGACUUUCUGGUGCGUGUCGUCGACUGUGCGGACCUCAACAAAAUGACCUCAUCGAAUUUGGCAAUUGUGUUUGGUCCGAACUUCUUGUGGUCCGGUCGCAAUAACACAUCCCUGGAUGAGAUUGCACCGAUUAAUGCAUUUGUUGACUUUGUGCUGCAGAAUCACAAGGCCAUCUAUCUGAUCGAUGUCAAUCAGCGCACGGUGACCGUCGAUUAACCAACCCUUAAUACCACCACAAUCAAGUCCGUAAUUUGUAAAUUGUUUCCAUUAAGUGUUUAGCCUUUAAGCCCGCUAAGUGGAGCACAGUGAAAAAAGCGCAAGCGUUCUUUCGUGUAUAAAGUGUAUUAAUCUUAAGUUACAACAACAAUUUACUCUCUUUUAUUUAAUGCCUCGUAAAAUUGUAUGUAAGGUUCUUUCUUCUCCACUAUAUCUGAUCUUUUCCACCUUUUUCUUUUAACUGUAUUCUGUACUCUGUAUCUCAACCCUAUAACUCAUUUCAUGCAAACAAUUGUUAAUUUACCAAAGAAAUUUGUACUUUGUUUUAUAUAUAUAAAAAAAAGGAAAACUAAGAAACGAAUAUGAUGCGAUAAAAUGUUAUUUAUACGAAACGCACAUUCCAAAACUAAAAACACAAAAAAACAAA